AUGUGUCGAGGAUGCGUGUUGUCGUCGUUGUUGUUGUUGAAGUUGGCGAUAGGCGUGUUGUUGAUGCUGUUGUCCGAUUACGGAGGUCGAGGCGCAGGCCUCGACAACGGCUUAGCCUUGACCCCACCAAUGGGUUGGCUGACGUGGCAGCGAUUCCGCUGUCAGACGGAUUGUGAGAUGUACCCACAGGACUGCGUCAGCGAGGCGUUGGUGGUGCGACAGGCGCAGAUGCUGGCGCACGACGGCUGGCUGGCCAGAGGCUACGAGUACAUUAUCAUUGACGAUUGCUGGCCCGCACACCAACGCGAUCCUACAUCCCACCGCCUCCAACCCGACCCCACCCGUUUUCCCCACGGAAUGAAGUGGCUGUCGGAUUUCGUGCACUCAUUGGGCCUCAAAUUCGGCAUCUACUUGGACUUCGGCACCAAGACGUGCGCCGGCUUUCCCGGCAGUUUGGACUUCCUUGAAGUGGAUGCCGCCACCAUGGCUGAUUGGGGUGUCGACUACAUCAAAAUGGACGGAUGCUACAGUGAUCCAAAGAUUCAACCCGACGGAUAUGCAAUGUUUGAGCGCCUCUUGAAUGCAACUAAACGACCGAUAGUGUUUUCCUGCAGCUAUCCUGCCUAUCAGCACUGGUUUGAUGGUGAAAAACUCAACUGGUCCCAGCUUGCUGAAAACUGUAACCUUUGGAGAAUGCUGGAUGACGUUCAGGAAACCAAGCUUCUUAACAUCGAAGUCAAUGUAAUCGCGAUUCUGCGCAUUUGCUUUUGCGGUUUCGUUUACUUCAUGCAGGACUCGUGGGCAUCAGUACUCUCGAUAAUGCGUGAUUACGAGGCGCACCGAAAGACGUUGAUCCCGGUGGCUGGACCAGGUCAUUGGAAUGACCUUGACAUGCUUACAGGUGGAAAUUUUGGGCUCUCGUGGGACGAGACCCGCGUGCAGAUGGGUGUAUGGGCGAUGCACGCCUCUCCUCUCAUAAUCUCCCUCGACUUAGCCGCCGUCCGCCCCGAAGUCAAGGAGAUUCUCCAAGCACCGCUCGUCAUUCGUGUAAGCCAGGACAAACUCGGCAAGCCAGCUGAUCUUCUCAUUCCCGUCGUUGGAAUAAAGGUAUGGAAACGAAAGUUGUCGGAUUUCAACGCGGGUUGGGCGUUGGCAUUUCUCAACUUAAGCGAUGAAGGCGGCUCUCCGAGGGCCCUCGUUAUCAGCCUGCAAGAACUGGGAAUCCCACCAAACGGUGAUUCUGGAUGCACAUUCAAUUUGAUCGACGCUUUCACAGGAUCGAAUCUCCUUACCACAAACUCAGCCGAAGCCUUUGAAGUCCGCAUAAAUCCUAGUGGAAUAGUUAUGCUCAUUGUACAGCCACUCUGA